ACAUGCAUGUACUUAAAAUUGAGCAACAACUACAAAGCCCAUAUCUUUUAUAUAUACAAAUAGAGCCAAAUCGAAUUAUGCUAUUUAUAUACAUCUUUAUCGGAGACUUGGAUUAGCAUAGAUCUGAUAUAGACAGUUGAUUUCAAAACUGUCAAGUUAACAAACAAGUCCAAACCUUAAUUCAAUAUAAAGCUAUCAAUUAUACACUCUUUUUAUCGUUUCUUUUUCACAUAAAACAAGAUGUUGUAUAAUGUUUAUUCUGAAAAGAUGUCUAUUCGUACCAAAUCUAAAAAAGAUCCGAUUUCCUAUUUCAAUAUCAUGGUUGUAGGUGCCUCAGGUUCCGGGAAAACAGCCUUUGUACGAACUCUUUGUGAAACACUGAAAAAUGAGGUGAUUGAAGGUUCCUAUAAAGAAUCUAAGCCCAUGGCACUUAAGAACUCACUUGAGCCUACAGAAGGACUCUAUACUGUCUCCAUGCAAAUAGAAAAAGAAGGACAGCGUACUGCUCUUACAGUGAUUGACACACCAGGUUUUGCAGCUGGAUUUGCUAUUGACCACCAUCUCAGCUAUAUUGCUAAAUACAUCGACUAUCAAUUUGCUCGUACAUUGACAGAAGAAACUAAAGUUAGAAGAGAUGCCAAAGCACACGAUACACAUAUCCAUGCCUGCCUUUACUUUGUUGAUACAAGUCAAGUCAAAGGAUUAAGCGAAACUGAUAAAUACAUCUUCAAAUUCCUGAGUUCCCGUGUCAAUGUGAUCCCUAUCAUUGGCAAAUCAGACACACUCACAGCCACUCAACGUACACUGCUUCAGUCUUCACUAAGGUCAGAAAUUAUAGAGACGCUUCAGGUGCCUGUUUAUGGUUAUAUCGAUAUGGAAGAACAAGACUCAACUCAGACUCAGAUGGAAAAGAUAAAGACACUCCUUCAAACAUGUGUAGAAGAAGACCAUGACGAGGAAGCAAGCGCUAUGAUUGACUACCUUGACCAAUUCCCUUUCAGUGUGUUUAGUUUUGAACAUGAUCCUUAUACAGGUCAUCCUAUUCAAAUGGGAAGAAGAUAUCCUUGGGCAACUGUUGAGUGUUGUAAUCCCAAACAUUGUGACCUUGUAUCCUUGAUAGACAUGUUGCUUGUUAAACAUAAAGAUAUGCUUAGAAUGGACACAUUUGAACGGUUUUAUGAACAAUACCGCACAGUCCAUUUGAUGAAUACACAAAAGAAUAAGAUGUUUAAAUAAUAAAG